AUGUCCCGGUCAAAAUGUCCGGCCAGGGAGCAAUCCGGCGCUAAAACAGAGCUGGAGAAGGGAUUGGUGAUGGGGACAAAUGGAAGUAGCAUUGUAUCCAAAAGAAGUGUAGAACAGCUCUACUUUCCCGAACCGCAUUUUAUCCGGUAUUUUGUGAAGAAACGGCAGCGAAGAUCUCCGCUGAUCAAUCGAGGAUACUGGCUGCGGAUGUACGCCAUUGAACACACCGUGAAAACUUUUCUGCAGGAAUAUUCAGAUCGCCCAAAAAUUAUUUUAAAUCUAGGCUGCGGCUUUGAUCCAUUGCCAUUUCAAUUUCUAACCCGUGCGCCAGAGUUUUGUCGACAUGUGCGCUUUAUCGAUAUCGACUACCAUAAACUUAUGCUCGAAAAACGCGAUGCAAUCCGAAAUACCUCUGCCCUCAAUUCUCUGCUGUCCAACACUGACUACCCCGCGGAAGAUAGCCCCACGCUCAUACGUAGUAAGGAGUAUAUUGGGAUCGGAUGCGAUUUGGGCGAACUUGCAAAACUAGAGGCUGCAUUGAGGUCUGAGCUUGGUUCUAUUGCUAAAUAUUCUAUACUUUGCACUGCAGAAGUGUCUCUGACUUAUAUGGAUGUUAAAUCCGCAGAUGCCCUGCUUCAGUGGGCAUCGACAUUAAGUAAUGAUAGCCAGUUCUGCCUUCUUGAGCAAUAUUUCCCUGACGGCCCAGAUCACCCCUUUGCCAAAACGAUGAUGAAUCAUUUUCAAAAGCUACGAACUCCUCUUUACUCUAUCCAUGAAUACCCUUCAAUGCGGCAGCAAGAACAACGGUUUCUCAGCGUCGGCUGGGCUCAUGCAAAGGCAAAUAAUUUAUGGGUGUUAUGGAGCGAUUCGCAAUUCCUAUCUGAGAAGCAAAGGACGUCACUCGACAGUUUUGAAGCCUUUGAUGAAUGGGAGGAAUUCGCGCUCUUUGCAUCGCACUAUUUUUUACUUAUCGCAUCUACCAAGCGUUCAGACGCCAACGCCGAUUCGAAGGAGCCACUAGACGUCAAUGGCUCCAACAUUGGGCUGAGUCUGGUAUCUCAAUGUCCGCCAAGGUUUAACGCACAAAGACGUUUUGGAGCCAUCGUUCCUGUAGAAAAGAACCUGGCUGGUGUGCAUGGUGGCUUAGGCCUCCAGACCCGUCUCCCGUCAACUCAAGUUUAUAGCGACACAGAGGCUCGUCAUUCGAUCCACGACCUACCUCCAACAACAAUGCUGGCACGGAUGUGCCAUUCAUCCGUGCUUCUUAAUAAUGGCAGCAUGAUAAGCGGUGGCAGAGCUUCGCCAACGGCGGCAUUUGGUGAUUGCUGGCUUAAAUCAGGCGAAAAAUGGAGUCAGGUCGACAGUCUUCCCACUGCAUGCUUCCGGCACUCCACCACUACAGUGAAUGUGGAUGGCCAAAGAGUACUUCUUUUUGGAGGGAAGUCGGGGGCUGGUAAUGUUCUGGGGCAAUUCCUUCUGUGGUCUGAAGGAGAGGGCUGGUCUGAACUCCCCGUCAUGGGAUCGACACCUCAACCCCGUUUUGGCGCUUCAUUGAUCAGUAUCGACGGGCACUCAGGGAUACUGUGUGGCGGAAUGUCACAGGGAGGGGUUGUAUUGAAUGAUUUCUGGACCUGGAGAUUAGUGACAGAUAAUUCUCCAGGUAUGAAGCUCAUGCUGAUGGACGUUUCUGUGCCUCUCUCAGCUGCCACUCCGUUAUAUCCGUGGCUGGGAAGAUUCGGGUCAACCGUCAAUCUGUUGAGAGAUUAUAUUGUUUUCAUUGGUGGGAUCAGCCAGAGUGGGUGUAUUCCAGAGAAAUACGAGGUUUUACUGUUGGAUGUAAAAUGCCUACGUCAGCAAGCAGAAACAUCUACGCAUGAUACCUCCAUUUUGCUAUUAUCAGCGGGUGUAGGAAUCGAUACUAACGGUCCAAGGCCGUUGCUUGCGGGCCACUCUACAUUCCCAGUACCUAGCGAGAAAAUCUUGAUAGCAGGAGGAGGUGCGGUGUGCUUUUCAUUUGGAACUUAUUGGAAUAGUGGAACAUGGCUGUUACAAGAUACGACUCUUAGUUCUAGCAAUGGAUGGCUUCCCGUUGAAUCUGCCAUCGACUCGGAACAAAACCCAGCACGAACAAUUACGGCAACGCCACAACCAAGUCGCGAAGGUUCGGUUGUGCAAGUUGCCCGCAUGACAAUCAGUAGCCCACAAGAGUUUCGAACAAUUGUGGACAAAGGUCUGCCUGUUAUUUUGCAGGGCCUUGAUUUUGGUCGAUGCGUUGAAUUGUGGACCAAGGAGUACCUUCAAAAGGCGGUUGGGGGUGAUCGAAAGGUCGUUGUCCACGAAUGCGGUACAGAUCAUAUGGACUUUCGAGCGAAGAACUUCUCGUACGUCACAAAGGAGUUUGGAACGUUCCUUGAUGAAGUCGAUAGAGGUGGCCGACAAUAUCUACGGGCCAUAUCAGCCGACAAGCCAACGGAGCAAGCAGCGAACCUUGCCAUAGAUUUUCCUGGCCUCAACGACGAUUUCCGUAUACCAGCUGAACUAUCGCUAGUUUCGGAAAACGCUCACAGCUCGCCACUACGGAUAUCCGGACCAGUUAUCUUGUGGCUGCACUAUGAUGUCCUCGCCAACGUGCUUUGUCAGAUCCGCGGCACGAAGAAACUGAUCCUCUUUCCCCCCCGGGAUGUUUCGAAACUUGGCUUUGCCCCGGGGGCAUCAAGCUCAUCGAUCAACGUUUUCCAGGACGGCUUCCCGCACGGCACGACCCCACACGAGGCCCCCCUGAAGCCUGGCGACGUGCUCUUCCUGCCGCCGCUCUGGCUCCACACGGCAUGUCCCACGGAUGGCGUCAGCGUCGCCGUGAACGUGUUUUUCCGCAGCCUGGCGGCCAGUAGCUACUCGCCGGGCCGCGACGUGUACGGCAAUCGGGAUCUUCACGCGUAUGAGAAAGGACGGCGAGAUGUGGAGAAGAUCUGGCGCUCGUUUGAUCGUCUUCCCUGCGACAUCGCCCGGUUUUAUCUGGACCGGCUCGCCGACGAGCUCAGAGAGAAAGCGGCCACGUGA